AUGACGAAGCCGAAGAUGGUGAGUUGGAAUUGGAAGAUGACUAGGUCUGACUUCGUCCGAGAGCCUUCAUCUAGUGUUACAGAGAACGGCAGCAGCCCAGGAGGUUGUGCGCGGUGUUGGCGAUGGCAGACAGCAGCAGAGCGGACGCGGACUGGUGGUGACCUGGUUCUUCCUCCUCUGUCCGUUGCCGCGUCUUUCUCUCCUGAUCUUCCCGUUCCAUUCCACGCUCUCAAAAAUAUCAAAUUCUCUCUUUCUCCCAGAUAUCGACCUGACCUGAUGGCGGACGCGUUGGUGGAUGCACUACUUAGUUCCACUAUAGAAGUUCUAGUGGAGAAGGCAAUAAAUUUGGCUUCCGAACAAAUUGGCCAGUUUGUUGGCUUCAAGAAAGAUUUGGAGAAACUGCAGGAUACGUUGAAACUGAUCCAGGCUGUCCUUCGUGACGCAGAGAAAGAGCUGGUGACUAAAGAGUUCGUGAAGCGAUGGCUGGAGAACCUUGAACGUGUGGCUUUCGAUGCUGAAAAUUUGCUGGAUGACAUCAACUAUGAGAUGAUUCGGCGCAAAGUUAAGAUUCAAAACCAAAUGAAGAGAAAGGUAUGCUUGUUCUUCUCACUCUCCAAUCCCAUUGCAUUUCGCUGCAAAAUGGCCUGCAAGAUUCAUAAAAUCAAUAUGAAUCUGAAAAGAAUCAAUGAAGAAGCAAGGAGAUUUGGCCUCCAGUCACAGACUGCACCUGCUCCUCCUCCUCCCAGUGGAGCAGGAUUUAUAAAGAACAAAGAGACUGACUCUGCUGCUGUUGGUGCGAGUUUUGUUGGAAGAGAUGAUGAUGUUCCAGCAAUAGUAACAAAGUUGACUGCCACGAGUAACAAUGAAACUAUCUCCGUUCUUUCUAUAAUAGGGAUGGGCGGGAUCGGGAAGACCACUGUGGCUCGAAAAGUUUUCCACGAUCUAAAAAUUGAAAACCAUUUUGACAAGAGAAUGUGGGUAUGCGUAUCAGAUUUUGAAAAACAUUUCGAUCCCAACAGGCUUUUCGAUUUGAUUCUUGAAUCACUGAAAGUCCCAAUGGCCGAAGUUAGGGAUUCUAGGGAAGCCAAAAUCCAGAAGCUUAAGGAAAUAUUGGAUGGUAAAAAGCCGCUUAAAUAUCUACUGGUCCUCGAUGAUGUAUGGAAUGUGGGCCAAGGGGCGCUAUGGGUUGGGUUUCUGGAGUCUCUGCGAGGUAUUAGCUCAGCCAAGGGGAGCUGGGUUAUUGUGACCACGCGUAACAAACGAGUGGCAAACAUCACAGCAAUUGCUUCUGAUCCUUGGCCCUUAAAGGAAUUAUCAAAUGAUCAUUGUUGGCUCAUCAUUAAUAAAAAUGCAUUUGGUGACAGGAAAGCACCGGGUGAUCUAAAAGAGUUAGGAUUUGAGCUAGCAAAGAAAUGCCAAGGCUUGCCAUUAGCUGCAAGUGUUCUUGGCGGUAUGUUGCGCAACAAGGAAAGAAAUGAAUGGCAGUCAAUUUUAGAAACUGGGCUUCAAAAUAUAGGUGGAGACGAAGAUGGUGACAUCACUAAAAUUUUGAAGUUGAGCUUCGACCAUCUUCCGUAUCCAUCUCUUAAAAAGUGUUUUGCAUAUUGUUCAAUUUUCCCCCAGGAUUUUCAAUUGGAAAGAAAUCAGCUAAUCCAACUGUGGGCUGCAGAAGGAUUUCUUCAUUCAAAGCCAAGGAACGAGAUGUGUAUGGAGGAAGUUGGUAAUUGGUACUUUGCCAUUUUGUUGGAUAGUAACUUGUUUCAAGAUGCAGAGAAGGAUGAUUAUGGGAAUGUUUUGUACUGCAAAAUGCAUGAUCUUGUGCAUGAUAUGGUGCAAUCCAUUUCCAAUUCCAAAACUUUAAGGUUGACAAAGUCUGGUAGUGUUGAUAUGGAAACGUCUUCCAUUCGGUAUCUUGCACUGGAGAGAAGUGAAAAAGAAAUGCCAUUUCCUUCCACUGAAAGUUUCAAGCAUAUUACGACAUUGUUUUUGCAAGGAAACAAAUCACUUAAUGACAGGGAGAUGUCAUUUUUUAUGUUGCGAACAUUAAGAGUUAAAUAUUGUGACUCACUGACAAAGUUUCCUAAGAAUUUCAAGAAUUUGGUGAAUUUGAGGCACUUUGACUUUUUCUCUUCUCAUAAAUCAAGUGAUAUCAUGCCUUUUGAGAUCGGACAGUUGCAAUUUCUCCAAACUUUGCCAUUUUUCAAUAUUGGUGAAGAAAGAGGUCGACAAAUUGGAGAAUUGAGGAAUUUGAAGAAUCUCAGUGGACGAUUUGAGUUACGUAAUCUUGAAUUAAUGAAAAGCAAGGAAGAAGCUGAGUCUGCAAAUCUGAUUGGAAAGCCAAACAUUGAUGAGUUAGGAUUACUGUGGGAUGAAAUAGAUAAUUCAAGAAAUAAUGAUAGUGAAUACAAUCAAGUGUUGGAAGGCUUGCAUCCUCACCAAAAUUUGAAAGGUUUGGUAAUUGAAAGAUUUUUUGGUGACCAGCUUUCGAAAUGGAUUGGAGAACUCGGGAGAUUGGUGAAAUUCGAAUUACAAAAUUGCAAAAAUUGCAAAGAGUUACCGACUCUUGGACACAUGCCCUUCCUCAGAUCUCUUUACUUGAAAGGACUUGACAGCCUAACAAGUAUAGGCCCUUCUUUUUAUGGCGGAUCAGGCGUGCAUAAUGGUAAUAGCAGUCAAAGACCCCUAAAAUUGUUUCCAGUGCUUGAACAUCUCAUUCUAAAAGACAUGCAAAAUUUGAGGGAAUGGACGGAAGCAACAGUUCAUGAUGGGACGGUGGUGGUGUUUCCAGUCCUUCAUACGGUAAAGAUUAAUGACUGCCCUCAAUUAGCCACUUUUCCAAGUCUCAAGGAAUUGAAAGUCAAGAAAACCCAAAAUGGAUCAGCACUAAUGACAUAUAUUUGUAGCGGAGUCAGCACUCUCACUAUUCUUUCCAUUCGAAGUGUGAAUAGGCUGACCAAACUACCAAAUAUGUUAUUCCAAAACAAUCCCAAGCUUGCACAUCUCGAAUUAAGUAAUUGUGGUGAUUUGGCCCAAUUUUUGGAUUUUUCGUUUGAUGUUCCUCGAACUUCAGAAGGACCAAAUUACCAAUCAGUAGCCGAGCACACUUGUAUUGACAAUAAUGCUCCUCAACAUUUGGUUGGCCUUGAGUCCCUAGAGGAAUUAACUAUUGCUGAGUGCCACUCGCUCAAGUUAAUUUCAAUCCCCAAGGGACGGAAAUACCUCACUGCCUUGCAACGAUUAUGGAUUCAGUCCUGCGAUGGGUUGACCCACUUGUCCAUACCCCAAAUAUCUGAGUCAGAGUGGGAUUCCACUUCUUCACCCUUCUCUUCCUCCGGCACUUGUCCUCCUCCUCCUCCUCCUCUUCCUCUUGCGGAAUUGUGUGUACUCCACUGCGACAAUCUUAUCUCCUUCCCAGUUGAUUUAACCCGAACACCUUCUCUCUUUUUUCUGAACAUAUCACUAUGUGAGAAAUUAACCUUGCCCAAGGGGAAGCUUUGUUCUCUUACAAGCUUGAGAUUCUUAGAAAUCGGACCAUUCUCAGAAACCACCACAGAGCUGCAUUCCUUCCUAGACCUCUUUGAUACUCUCCCACCACCGCACCCCUACUUCCCCUCCCUUUCACAAUUAUUUCUGCAUGGAUGGCCUCAUUGGGAAUCUCUGCCCGAGCAACUUCAGCAUCUCUCUGCCCUAAGAUUGCUUGAACUAUAG